AUAUAAUAAUAAUCUUAAUAUUUCAAAAACUUCGUCAUCAUCAUCUUGUCCAUUAAAACAGAUUAAUAAAAAAUCCUGUUCAUUUAUGGAAAUGUUAGGACAAAUCAUAUCGAAUGUAUUCAAAUCGAUUGAUAAUAAAGAUGAUAAUAAUCAAACAAUAAUUGAUGAUGAUGAACAACGACAACAACAAAUGACUAAUAAUAAUAAACAAGAUGAACAGAUAUUCAAACAAUAUCGAAUAUCGGAAGAAAAUAAAGAAAUUUUUCAACACUUUAAAACAGAAUGUCAGAAAUUUUUUCCAGAAAAUCUUUAUAAUCCACAUGAUUCAAAUAAAUUACUCACCGAUCAUGAACGUUUACAACUGGAACGAUUGGAUAAAGUAUUGGAUCCAUUACGUUAUAAAAUUAUGGGUGGACAUCGUUGUAAAGAAGUUCUUCGUGGUUAUCUAAAUCAUUGUAUUUUUCAAUCAUUUAAUCAUGAUCAAAUGAUUGAUAAUGGCUACGAUCAUCAUAAACAGCAACAGUUGAUGAAUAGAGAAGAAUUGGGGGAAAAUCUUUAUCGUGCCUGUGAAAUUACCAUUAAUAUGUUGAUAACAUUGGCCAAACAAAUUGAACCAUUCACUGAACAAAGUAGUAAUGAUCAGAUUUGUUUAUUACAACAAAGUGUAAUGCCUAUAAUGACUUUACGGUCAUUAUUGAUACAGAACCGUAAAUCACCUCCACCACAACAACGACCAUCACCACCAUUGAAUAAUUUAAAACGUCAAUGUUCAAUGUCCGAUUAUGAUGAUAUUAAUGUUACCACAACCAUGAUCAACGAUGAUCACGAUGAUAAUGAUACAAUAAUCAAAGCAAAAACAACAAAAACACUAUUGAAACGAAUAUGUCUGGAUGCCGUUCGAUCGAAUGGAUCACAAUCAUCGACAAAUAUACGUCCAUCAUGUAUAAUUAAAUCAACAACAAUUAAAAUUUCUGAGAAUCAAGCGGAUAAUUCAUCAUCAUUGAUUAAUGAUAAAAACAAUGAAUCACAUCAUCAUCAUCAUCAUCAUCAUUAUAUAAUGGCAUUAGAAUAUGAGAAACGUUUUCAAAUUUUAUAUCAAAAAUUAUUCCAAUCAAUUGAUGAUUAUUGGAUCAAAGAUAAAUAUAUCUUCUAUUUAUUAUUUGUGAUCGUUUUGUUUCAACCAUCCAAUCAUCAUAAUCAUUCGACAAUUAAUAAUCUUGAAAAUGUUGAUAAAAUUAGACAAGAACAUUAUCGUAAUAUGCAUCUAUUACAACGUUAUCUCCAUAAUCGAUUUGUUGGCGAACCGAAUGCCCAAUGGCUAGCACGUUCACAUUUUGUUCGUCUUUUUGAUCUCAUACAACAAGUCUACUAUUUACAUCGUAAUGUAAUACAAAAAUUAUGGAGCUAUAACCUAAAAUAUGCUCAUAAUUUAUUGGAAAAAUUAUGUGCCCAUUGA